UCAUUGUAUGAACGGGUGGGUGGUCAUGUUUGAUCCCCUAUUUUAAAGCCUUCAAUUCCCUACAUAUAUCUUUUGCAGUAAUUUGUGAGUUCAUCAUUAUCUAGCUAUAUGAUUCUAAAAAAUAAUAAUCCCAACAUGUCAAGUAGUGAUGAUGAUCAAGAAAAGACCCGCAAACAACAUGCUCAACUCAUCAAAGAGCUUCCAAAAACAGGAGGGUGGUUCCAACCAGAUAUGUUCUUGUACCAAGGCCAAUGGUUGAUUCCUAAUGUCAUAUUAGGUGCCACUCUAAUGCAAAACCACUUCAAGCAUCGGUCUGCCGAUAUCUUCCUAUCUUCUUUUAUGAAAACCGGCACAACCUGGCUCAAAUCCCUCAUGUUUUCCAUCAUUAACCGAUCUCGUUUUGACUUUUCUGACCACCCUUUGCUUCAUCAGGGACCCCAAAGUUGCUUUCCAGUUUUUGAUGCUUAUAUAUCUCAAGACCAUGCUAUUACUAACAUGGACAACUUGCCUUCUCCCCGUUUGUUUGCCUCUCAUCUCGCGUAUUCUUUGUUUCCUUCCACCUAUAAAGAUCCUUCAUCCGGGUGCAAGUUUGUUUACGUUUGUAGGGAUCCAAAAGAUGUGUUUGUCUCCAAAUUUCACUUCAUGAAAAAUGUGAGGCCUAAAGAGCUACCCGUGCUUUCAAUUAAUGAGGCUUUUGAGUUGUUUUGUGAAGGUCUUUCGGAAUAUGGACCUUAUUGGGAUCACGUGUUGGGAUUUUGGAAAGCGAGUCUUGAAUCUCCAAACAAGAUAUUGUUCUUGAGGUAUGAGGAGAUGAAGAGGGUGCCAGAGGUUUAUGUGAAGAAGUUGGCAGAGUUUAUGGGAGUACCUAUAUCGGCCGAGGAAGAGGAGAAUGGAGUGGUGGAAAAAAUCGUGGAACUUUGUAGUUUUGAGCAUUUGAAGAACUUACAAGUAAACAAAACUGGCGUGUUGCAGAUUGGCAGCAUAAUUGCUGUUAAUAAUCAUCAUUUUUUCCGGCGAGGUGAGGUGGGAGAUUGGCAUAAUCAUUUGACAAAAGAAAUGGGAGCGAAAAUUGAUCAAAUCACUCAAGACAAGUUCAAUGGUUCUGGUUUGACACUUUGAUUAUGCCAACUCCCAAAUCACAAUAUGUAUUUUGUAUGACCAACGCUAGUUGAUCAGUUGAUGUAUGAUAAUAAUUUGUCGUUCUAAGAUCAAAUAAGUUAUGUAUUAGUUGUUUUGAUGAUAGUAAAUAAGCAUUGUCAUAUUUAGCUUCUAAA